CAUAUACUACCAAAGAAUGAGUGGAAAACGAAGAAAGCUAAAAUCAAUUAUUGAAGAGAGAAAAAAUAAAUUAAAAAAGCAAAAGAGAAAAGAGAAAGAAGACCAAAGUGAGGGGUUGAAGGACAAUGGAUUGAUUGUAGUUGAGCUUGAAAGUUGAAACACAAGGACAAGGCUCUUCUCAACUUCUUCUGCAUACAAGUUUCAAAUGGGAAUUUGCUUUGGUUCUCCACUGCACAACGAAAAUCCAACCCAAACCCCAACCACAACCGGUAGCCUUAGUACAACAGCUACACAUGCUACAUCCCAGACUACUAGCAGCAGCUAUGCUACUACUUCUGGAAGUGUGAACAGCUCCACAAAUAGCAAGUUCUCGGUGUCAAGUGGUGAUGAACCUUUUCCGCAUGGCCAGAUCUUACCCACCUCAAAUUUGAGGAUCUUCACUUUUGCGGAGUUAAAAGUUGCAACUAGGAAUUUCAGACCUGAUACUGUACUUGGGGAGGGAGGUUUUGGAAAAGUCUUCAAGGGUUGGCUUGAAGAGAAGAUAACUUCAAAGAAUGGAAGUGGAACAGUCAUUGCUGUAAAAAAGUUGAACUCAGAAAGCUUACAAGGAAUUGAGGAGUGGAAGUCAGAAGUAAAUUUUCUUGGACGCCUUUCUCAUCCUAACCUUGUUAAGCUGUUGGGAUACUGUUUGGAGGAAACAGAGCUUCUUCUUGUCUAUGAAUUCAUGCAAAAGGGAAGUUUGGAAAAUCAUCUAUUUGGAAGAGGCUCAGCUGUUCAACCACUUCCUUGGGACAUCAGGCUUAAGAUUCUAAUUGGAGCAGCUCGUGGCCUUGCAUUUUUGCAUGCAUCCGAGAAAGUAAUUUACAGAGACUUCAAGGCCUCCAAUAUAUUGCUUGAUGGGUCCUAUAAUGCAAAGAUAUCAGACUUUGGCUUGGCCAAACUGGGUCCUUCCGCUAGUCAAUCUCAUGUGACAACAAGGGUGAUGGGCACAUUUGGUUAUGCAGCCCCUGAAUAUAUGGCCACAGGGCAUUUAUAUGUAAAGAGUGACGUAUAUGCUUAUGGAGUUGUUUUGGUUGAGAUGCUAACAGCACUACGAGCAAUUGACACAAACCGUCCAAGUGGGCAACAUAAUCUAACGGAAUGGGUCAAACCAUACUUACAUGAUAGAAGAAAAUUGAAGAGCAUUAUGGAUUCUCGCUUUGAAGGAAACUAUCCAUCCAAAGCUGCAUUUCGUAUAGCUCAGCUUGCUUUAAGAUGUCUUGAAGCUGAGCCCAAACAUCGACCAGCAAUGAAGGAAGUUUUGGAGAACUUGGAGCGAUUUCAAGCUGCCAAUGAGAAACCUAAGGAACCUAAAUUCCGUUCUGCUCAUGCCCUUGCUACCCGUCAAGGUCACCAAGCUGUGCACCAUCGUUCUCCACUGAAUGAAUAAGUGAGAGGCCAUUGGUUGUGUUAUUUGCCUCUCCAUUGAAGAGUUUACUAGUUGUUCAUUUUGUAUUUAUUGGAUUCUAAGUAGCAAAGAGAUUUGUACUGGUAAAUCGUUUAUUAUUUUGUCAGUGCGGUAUAGUAUAUAUGUUAUCAUUUGUGUAGCUUCACUGACUUGUGGUUUUCCUGAACAAGUUGAGAGGUCUCUAGUUCAACUUGUUAUAGGAGGGACUUAAUUUAUUACUUUAUUACUUCCUAUUGUAGGAAAAUCUUGUGGGGGGAAAUGAGAUAUGAAUGUGUUGUGACCUCGAGUGAUUCUAGAACAGCAGCUGUUCUUAAUAAAAGAAAG